AUGUCUAUUGAAAACUUGAAGUCCUUCGACCCAUUUGCUGAGAAUGGUGAUGACGAGACUACAACUACAAACUACAUUCACAUAAGAAUUCAACAAAGAAAUGGUAGAAAAACUUUGACAACGGUCCAAGGUGUUCCAGAAGAAUACGACUUAAAGAGAAUCCUUAAGGUUUUAAAGAAAGAUUUCGCCUGCAACGGUAACAUCGUUAAGGAUACUGAAAUGGGUGAAAUUAUUCAAUUACAAGGUGAUCAAAGAGCCAAGGUUUGUGAAUUUUUGACCACGCAACUCGGUAUGCAAAAGAAGAAUAUUAAAAUUCACGGUUUCUAA